AUGCAUUUUUGUUUCCCUCUUCUUCUUCCUCUUCUUCUCGCCGUCGGCGCCUUUGUUGGUGAGGUUAGUUUUGACAAAAAUUGAAACUACACAACUAAAAGUCCUAGGCGGCUUCACCGUGUCGCGUAUUCCGUCGGACCAGCACCGAAGAGCCGACGACGACUACGGUCACCAGCACAACCACUCCAACUCCAACUCCAACUCCAACUCCAACAACCACUACCGUAACAACGAGUACCGUAACCACAACUACAGUAACCACCCCCACACCUACUACCACCGGCACUCCGGACCCUAAGGCGCCUUGUAUGGCCGUCGGGGACAAGUGGCAACCGGACGAUUCGGACUAUGCCGAUUACUCGAGCGCCACACCUACCGUAACCUCUUCGGACCAGUGCGGAAGCGCUUGUAACACGGAUUCGACGUGUGCGUACGCGUAUUUCACCUCUGGAAAGUGCUGGACAUUCGCCAAGUUCACUCCGCUCGCCUUCACGACCGGCGGCACCGGAAGCAUGUUUUUUAAGGUAUCUCUUUUUGCCGCAUUCAACCCAACCUCGAAAAUAUCGAAAAUAUUGUAGCUCUACCUGAACGGCACCGGCACCUGCGCGACCGUCUCUUUGACGAAUCUGGCGAGCACGAAACGAAAGAUGAGCUAUCCGGACGGUGGCACGUACUGGUUGGCCAACACUGUCAUGAACACCAUCAGCUACGGCAGCAACAAUCCGGCGCUCGGAUACAAGCGACGGAAGAGGAGUCUGCUCGCGUGGCUCUUCAACAUGUAA